AUGGUCAAGCAAAAUGAUGCCAUUGCCAUCAUUGUCAUCGUCCUAUUCGUCGUACUCGCUGGCGUCGCCUUCGGUAUCUACAGAUUGGUCCAUGUCGCGCGCCAGAGCAUGAGCGUAACGUCUUCUGGGUCGAGUAGUAGUAGCAGCGACGAGAUUGUCGACCGUUAG